UUUUUGAAGAAUAAAAGGCCGCAAGAAGCUACCAUGGAGGAAACAGUCAACGGAGGGAGCCAACACGACGAGCCAAGGGGGACCAACGGCCAAGUGGGCGACCCCGGCAGCAGUGAGACCGAUGCCGGGGGUCUUGGCGGACGUGAGGGUGUGGACGGCAUGCCUCUAGGCUUCGCGAGAAUGUCAGCAGAGCGUGACGCUGUGCGCUACAACAUGAGCCACAAGCAGCGUGGCCACUGCGCCAUCUUCAACCACCGCCACUUCGACGAGCACACAGGCCUUGGGGAGAGGAAUGGCACAGACCGCGACCGUGACCAGGCACAGGCGCUCUUCACUAACCUUGGGUUCCAAGUGACUGUCCACAACAACCUCAGGGUGUAUGAGAUCAAGGAGAAACUCCAGGAUCUCGCUUUCGACGUAAACCACUCGGAAUGCGAUGCGCUGGUCGUGGUGUUCAUGUCGCACGGGGAGAAGGACGUUCUUUGGGGGCGUGACGGCACCUUUAAUCCCGAUUACCUGUUUGAGAAUUUCAAAGCUACAAAUCAUUCAUCUUGA